AUGCAUUCUGUAGUUGAGAUAAAUGACCCAAAACGACGUAAUGAAAUAGUAAACAACUUUUUGAAAAAUCGGAAAGAGCAUAAAAUCAAGAAUUUACAAGAGCGAUCAGAUUUAGAACAUGUAGAAGAUUAUAGAAUUGAAGUAUUUAAACCUAUUUUAGAAUCCAACAAAAAACUACAAGAAGAAAUAAUUGAUGAAAAGAAUAAAAUAGUAGAAACUCUAAACAACUUUAAAUCCCCUUCUCAACUUUCAAUAGCCCCUGCAACUACACCAACACCAAAGACAAAUCGUAAAAGUCUUAUUAAGCAACCCUCAGUAAUCCUACCUCCCUCUCUACCUAGUUCUUCUUCACCUCAAGUUGUAAGUAAUCUAAUUGUUGGAUAUCUUCAAGAUAAUUCAGAUAGAAGUAAUGCUGGAUACUCAAUCAAGUUCAACAAAGCAGAAAAGAAAUAUACUAUUGGUAACAAAGACAUUACAUUCGAUCAGAAUAUUAUCAAAGUUAAUAAUGAAGAAUACACAGCAACUGAAGGGUUGAUGGAGUUACUACUCAAAAAGUCUCCUGACAUAAAAAAGAUUACAACUGAAGAUUCUUCAAAUUACCAAAAAAUAUUAUUAUGCUCCGAUGCUCUGUACCAAGCUGGAACAUCUUCAACAUCAGGAAGUUCUAUUUCUUUCAUACCAUCAAAUACCAACUCUCUAAUUGACUCAUUAAGACUAUCUAUUGGUUCAUAUCAGGCUGGUAACAAAGACGAGUAUAAUAAAAUUCAUGCAAUGUUAGAUGAACUAGUCAAACAGAAAGUAAUCAAGAAGAAAGACUUAGGGGUUAUUUACUUGAAUAUUGCUAGAAUGUACAUCAGCGAUCAAGACAAAACCCCUCUUAGAAUUGAUAAAAGAAACUGGGUAAAACAACACAACUUUUCAACUCAAACGUUAUAUGAUGGUUUAAGAGAAUUAGCAAAAGAGAUGGAUAUCAGUAAAUAUGUUGUUAUGAAGACAAAAGGUAAAUCAAAAACAAGAGAUGAAUCUGAAACAGUAAUAGAAAAGAAAACUUCAGAUUAUGAACCUCAAUCUAAUAAAAUAAAUCUUCUUUCUCCUAGAAAGAUUUAG